AUGGAGUUGAUUGACAUUAGAUGGUGUAUGGCGAGUGCGGUCAGAAGGGCUCAGAGAUUCAUGGAGAUAACAGGCAGACACUCCAUUGGUGGACCUUCAACCAAAUUAGGAUUUGAUAAAUCAAAGGUUACAUGUUUUAAGUGCAAGCAAAAGGGGCACUUUAAACGAGAAUGUCAAAAUGCAGUUGCUGAUGAAAUGGCCAAUCCAUUCCGUGAGGAUUAUUAUAAAAGAGCCAUCUAUCAUCAAAACAAAGCCGAACCUCCGAGAAUGAAACAGAUAGAAGAAAAUCCCAAAGAAAAGUCGAGAGCAUUAGCUGUUAUCCAUGAUGAUGAGGGAUUUGAUUGGAGUGAUUUGUUACCAGAAGAAGAUGCAGUAGGUUAUGCCUUUAUGAAAAAAAUUGUUCCUUUCAAAGAUACCCGAACAGAAGAAGUAAAAUAUCUCAACAGGAAGAUGUUAGCCCAAUGCAUGAAAGAUAAAAUCUAUAGAACAUGGAAAGAGGAAAAAAGCGCAAAAAGAUGGGAUGCUGAUCGGGAAUGCUAUUUGGAUCCUAAAGGAAACAUAGUUGUUGAACCAUCAUCAAUUAGUGUUGAAACUCUCAUCGAGCAAAUAGCAGAAGAGAAAGAAGCAAGACAGAGAAUGUGGUGGGCAAGUGAAGAAGAAGAGAAAGAAAAGGAGCUACAGUCGAAAAAGGUCGAUGAUGGGAUAAUCGACACGACGAAAGAAUUUACAGUAGAAAAUCUGAAGAAAAUGGCUGAUAAAGGUCUUGCAGUGAAAGAGUUAAAGGUAGAUUCUAAGUCUGGAACUGAGUCAAAGAGCAGGUCAGUUCUAAUGAUUCAACAAAUGAGUCAGACUGAAGAACUGACAGAAAGAGUCAAAGAAGUUGAAAAUCAGAUCUUAAGUCAUGAUAAAUUGGUAAAAGCUUCAAAUGAUCGAAUAAAAGAAUUAACUGAUAAACUUGAAAAAGAUAAAAUUGACGUAGAACGAAUCAGGAAAGAAAAUGAAAAGUUAAUUCAUGAAAACCGUCAACUUUCAGAAAAUUAUGAGAAGCUAAAAAGAACGAUAAAAGAUUCUGAUGAAAGAAAUGAUAAAACAACCAAAGAAAAUCUUCAACUGCCAGGGGUACUUCAGUCGAAAGAAAAGCAAAUCAACCAACAAUUGGAUGAGAUUGCUAAUCUGAAGCAUCAGUUUCAGGAAGCUAAGAUUGAAAAUGAACGUAUCAAUCUGAAACUCAACAGUUACAACUCCGCAAGCUUUGUUCUUCAACACAUUGUUCCCAGACCCAUCGGGAAGAACAAAGCUGGCGAAGAUGUUUAUUCGGACGGAACUGUGGUUGGGUAUCAUCAGGUUCCUCCGCCAGUAUUAAAUAAUUUUUCAAAGAAAAAGUCUGGGUUGGUUAACGAUGAUGAAACAAUUGAAGUUAAACUUCCAGAAACAAUCGAUGUCACAUUCACUUCAUCAUCCGAUGAAGACAGUGUUUAG